UGCGCAUGCGCGCUGCGCGUCCUGGCCUCUCCGCCUGUUUCUCCUUCAGUGUGUCCUCCUCUCUCAGAGCCGGAGUCCAGCCAGGAGCCUCGGAGCCCAGUAAACGAACGAUACCUGAGAAAAGAGCAAAGCAGGGUUUAAAGAUGGACAGAGAGGAGGACAAGAAGAAAGGGAAGGAGACAGAGACACAGAUGAAAGAGAGUAAGCCCUGCUCUCACUGCAAGACGAAGAAAUGCGGUAGCAUGGCCGUCCCUCCUGCAUACUCUGAUCUUGGCAAAUCUGCCAAAGAUAUCUUCAGCAAGGGCUAUGCCUUUGGAACAGUUAAACUGGACCUCAAGACAAAGUCCCAGAGUGGAGUUGAGUUCUCUACCGGCGGAUCCAGUAACACAGACACAGGGAAAGCAUCUGGUAAUCUAGAGACUAAGUACAAAGUGAAGGAGCUGGGUCUGACCUUCAACCAGAAAUGGAACACUGACAACACUCUGACUACUGAGGUCACCAUGGAGGACCAGCUGGCUAAGGGGCUGAAGCUGGGUCUGGACACGUCCUUUGUGCCCAACACUGGGAAGAAGAGUGCUAAGCUGAAGACAGGCUAUAAGCGUGACUACAUGAAUGUGGGCUGUGAUAUAGAUUUUGACCUAGCUGGGCCCACAGUGCACGCUGCAGCAGUGCUAGGCUACGAGGGCUGGCUGGCCGGCUACCAGAUGGCCUUCGACACUGCCAAGUCCAAACUGGCUCAGAAUAACUUCGCUCUGGGCUACAAGGCUGGUGAUUUCCAGCUGCACACCAAUGUUAACGAUGGCACAGAGUUUGGUGGCUCCAUUUACCAGAAGGUGAAUGACCAAUUGGAAACGGCGGUGAAUCUGGCCUGGACGGCUGGCAGCAACAACACACGCUUUGGCAUUGCUGCUAAAUACCAGCUGGACAAGGAUGCUUCUAUCUCUGCCAAAGUAAACAACGCCAGUCUGGUUGGAGUGGGAUACACACAGGCUCUGCGGCCAGGUGUGAAACUCACUCUUUCUGCUCUCAUUGAUGCAAAGAACUUCAACGCUGGUGGACACAAGGUGGGCAUGGGCUUCGAGCUGGAGGUGUAAAGAUGGAGAGAGCAGCAGCAAGAGGCACAGAUGGAAACCGAGACAUAACUGACCAUAUAACUCCCAAUGCCUGCAAAAAUACAUGGACCCGUUCUCCACAACCAGUCAUUUGCAAACUCAUGUUUCAAAUGCAACUUUAGGUCUUGCUCCUUUGCAACCUCCAGUCCCAUAACAAACAGGAUUGCCUGUCAUGUGACCAGUGCUGUUCCGGGCUACACCACUCAUCACACUGUCACCAUAGCCACAGCACGUUCUGUAGACAGGGUCCACUCAAACGUCCCUUUUAAUCUGUUCACGCUCUUCCUUAAGGUUCCUAUGAGCACCUUUAGAACUGCGGUGGCUGUACUUUGUUUUUUUUCUUUCAGUGCACUGAGUUAUUGAGACACAGAAGGUAUUUGUUGUAUGUGGUACACCUUUAGUGUCUGUUUUGAUUGAAAGCUUCAGGCUGGUUUGCUCUUUCUGCAGUUUAAGCUCUGUGAUUUAAGUCUGCAGAUCUGAUUUUCUUUUCUUAGGGACAAAAAGGUGGUCACACAAAGUUUACUGGCAGCAUCAGACAAGAGCAUGUCUGGUGUAAAUCGUCAUCUCCAUGUUGUGUUGGGCAGAAAGUUAAAGAGAAUAGAGAAGCCUCUGUAAAUGUCAAAUCCCUUUCCACUCGCGUUUGUAAAAAUCACUUUGAUUCUUUGUCAUUUUCAUUGCCAAACAUAUCAUUUAAUAUUUAAUCCUUUGAUUUUCUUGUCUGUGUUUUGGUAGGAGUUAGCGACAAAGGGAGCAUUUCCUCUUUGUGUUCUUGUCUUUUCUUCUUUCAAAACUCAUACCUGUUUUAUUCUGACUGUGCUGUGGUGGAUGACUAAAUUGAGAAACUGAUAUUGUGGAACCCAAUAAAGUGGAAUGAUGGCUCAA